UGGCGGUAAUGCAAAAAGCGAGGAUGAAGCCUGCCCAUCGGAGGGAAGCUGGAGAAGAAGAAUCGCCUUGUGUACUUCCGGUUAGCAAACAUGGCUCAAGGAUCACAGAAGUUUAAAGCUCAGCGGCCUGGAGGCUCCAAGAAGCCUCACCAGAGCAAACAGAAAGGGCCGAAGAAAGGAGGGAGGACCAUUGCACCUAAGAAGACUCAAGUGGUUCAGCAGCAGAAACUGAAGAAGUGUCUUGAAGUUGCCAUCAGGAACAAGAUUGAGAUGGAGGUGACCCACAAGGCCAGCACCUCCCUGCAUAAGCCGCUGAGUGUGGUUAAAGGGGCUGAAGUUAAAGCCAAACCAGGAGCAGUCCGGCCAGGAACCAGUUCUAAAUAGGACCAGAUACACCACCUCACACCUGCUGACCGGAACCUGAUGGUGUUAAAAUCCGAAGGACUGAGAUGAAGCAUCAGUGAGCUGCAGUAAUUUUCAAAUGUUCUUCAGGCUUUUAGAAGAAAUCAGAGGUGGACCUGGACAGAUUCUUGUCAAAGUCACAACAAGACAAAUUUAAAAGACGACAUUUUUGAAUAAAAUGGAUCACUGGGCCAUGGAUAUUACAUUAAUGGCCAUUUGGGGGCACCACAGGACUUAUAUAUUCACAGUAAGGAUUAAAACAGAAUGAACACAACAAACCUUCAAUUUUAUUUUUGUAAUUACAUUCACAUUUUUCGUAUAGCCGUCACUACACAGAAAAUAAAUGAGGCAAGUGAGAAUGACGGCUCUCUAAGAACAAUGUGGGCGGAACAUAAUGUUUGAGAAGGAGCAGGGAGUCACAGUCUUAUAUCAGCUUGCUGUAUAGAACCUAAUGAUUUGAAAAUGUUCAAGAGUAAAUUCCAGCCAUCACUUAUCGUUCCUGUAAAUAUUGAAUGAUAUUGAGAGCAUCUGUUGUGAUCAUGGUGGAAAUAUGACGUGGAAAUAAAUGCCGGAUGAUUGAAUACAUCCAGAUCACGUGCAGGAAGUCUGAUCAUCUGAUUUGAUUUUUUCAGGACAUAAAUUAUAAAAGUCUGCCAAAAGAUUUUAUUUUCUAUCUGUUAAUCCUCAUACACUUUACAUGAGCUGUCGGAAUGCAGAGCUUUAGUAAAUGCAAUGCAAUUUUUUGUAUGGUGUAUUUGAAUUAAAGAUAUUUUGAGAUCUUC